CCAACACUCGCAGUCUCACAGUGUCCUGUUCCUGUAUACUGCUGCGUAGGGUUUUAGUCCAUUUGCAAAGAUGACUCGUGAAUUAUAGUUAUCUCUCUCUUUCUCGUCGCGCUUUUCUGCAAAAGGAUAAAGAGAGAACAUGCACUCUAUGAAGACUAGUUACGCUGGGCAAAUAUUUGCUCUAGCUAAGCCCAACGAUUCUGUAGGCAAGAGGACUCGUAAUCGGAUUCCCAAAGAAGAGAGAAAAACACUGGUGGAAUCUUUUAUUAAAAAGCAUCAAAAACUAAACAAUGGGAGUUUUCCUUCACUUAGCCUCACACACAAGGAGGUGGGUGGAUCUUUCUACACCAUAAGGGAGAUUGUCAGAGAGAUUAUCCAAGAAAAUAGAGUCCUUCCUGGUGACGUGGUUCUUGAGGGAAAUGGCUCUGACCAUUUGCAAGAUAAAAGUCUGUCAAGUUCAAUAUUGAUGGAUCCUGUGCCACCUUUAUCUUUGUCCCCAAACGGAUUCCAUUCUGCAUCAGAUCAAAUUUAUGAUUUUUCUUCUGAGGCUGAGGAGAUGAAGUCACCUGAAAUUGGUAGCCAGGCUGCUCCAGAAGACAGAGGAUCUGAUAUAUUGGAUUACAGGGAAGUGAACGGAAAUCAACUUCUUAAAGAAGGCAGUGGGCGUUUACACCAGUCAAUGGACUCAACUGACAUAUCCAUGAAUCAGCUUGCAGCAUCUAGCAGUGAAGAAAGUAACAUGGAGACGGUGUGUGAUAGUGUUGUGACGAAACCUCAGGAUAAAGGACUCGAUGUGGAUAACAAAGACGAAGGAUUUGACAAACUACCUUUCAUUGAAUCAGACGGCACAAAACUGAUCAACAAGGAAAGCGUGAAUGAUGCUGAAGCAGCAAUGACCGAGACUGUGAACAUAAACACAAUUGAUAUGCCAGCAGAAACAGUUGCUGAAACAUUUCCAGUAAGAUCUGUGACUUCCACGAUGGACUCACCGGAUGCACGGCUUAGUGAGUUGGGCAAACUUUGUGAGGGUGAGAAAGGAACUAAGACGGAGGUGGAAGCGGAUAUCAGCACAACAAAUCAUGUUGAUCUUGGGGAGAUUAUUUCAUCCACUUCUGCUGUACUUGAAGAAAAGGGGACGGAGGUCAUUGUUGAGAAAAGGCCAAAUCAUAUUUCUGUCCCUAUGGAAAAUAAAGUUGGAGAGAAAAUUGUCAAUCCUGCUUCAGUAGAUGUUGAAUAUGCUGACACCAAAGGGACAGUGGUUGUGAAUCCUGAGAUUGGCAACAUCUAUGAGACUAAGGAAUUUAGUAAUGGAUCAUUGACAACUGAGCAGAAAAUGACAACAUCUGGCACUGAGUCGGGAAAUCCUAAGCACGACAGAUCAAAAGUGGACACUAUGAGUAGCUAUGCUGGGAAUGAAGUCGCAAGUGUAGAGAAGAAGGCGACCAUGGAAAAAGUGAAACUUGAUGCUUCAGAUAGUUCCUACUCUCAAACAGAAAAAAAUGCAACAUUGAACAGAAUCAAACCUGAGUCGUGGAAAGGAGAAGAAAGACGGGAAAGAAAUCCGCUUUUGGCAGUUCUGAAAUCCUUCUUGACAGCCUUUGUGAAAUUUUGGUCCGAGUAAUAAGACGAGAAAAGAGAAUGUUAAAUUGACUUUUAGUAGUAUUCAUUAGUGAGAUUUAAGGUGAAGAUAAGAUAUGGUUUCAAAUGUGAUGUACAAUUUUUGUUAUGAGUGAUUAAGUUAUAUGUAAUGGGUUAAAUCUUCUGUUCAAAUAUAGUAUAAUGAGAGAGGAAACAUCAAAA